ACUCACAAAUGCACAUAAAAAGGAUUAAAAUACAGCAAAUUAAAGGGGUCCAACAAUUUUCCCUUUUGUCAAUUGGUGGCAAACAAAUCUCAAUUUUUUAACUCACCAACGACCAACCUAACUUUAAAUAGCAGCCAAGAAAGAAGCUUGGUCAUUCAUUCCCUUACCCGAGAAAAUGAGGUGGAGCUCACUCUUUGUGCCCUCUUUUCUACUCCAUAUUCUUCUUCUAUCUUGCAUUCUUUUCACACCAACUGAUUCCUCUGAUGGGGAUGGGGAUGGGGAUUUGGUAGACCAAAUAUGCAAAAAAACACCCUUUUAUGACCUUUGCAGCUCCAUCUUACACUCAAAUCCCUUAGCCCCCAAAAGUGAUCCAAAGGGUAUGGCCCUCAUAAUGGUCAAUGGAAUUCUGACAAAUGCUACUGACACACUCAGUUACAUUGAAGAGCUUAUCAAGCAGACCUCAGAUGAACAAUUAGAGCAACAGUUGGCUUUCUGUGCUGAGUCAUACAUCCCAGUUGUGAAGUACAUUCUCCCACAAGCAGCUGAUGCCAUAAACCAAGGUCGAUUUGGGUUUGCCAGUUACUGCAUAGUUGAUGCUCAGAAGGAAGUAAAUGCUUGCGACAAGAAAUUCUCGGGCUCAACUCAAGCACCCUUAAGUGAUAGAAAUGACAUUAUGCAGAAGCUGGUGGAUGUGGCUGCUGCCAUAAUUAAACUAUUAUUAAAUGGCUGAUUUAUUUUUCUCUUCCUCCUUUCCAGCCUCAUUUCUUGUAGAAUAUAGCAAUUAUUAGUGCCCUUAUCUUAUUCAAUAAAUAAAUGCUUUAGAUGCUUCAGUUUGUACAAAUAAUUAUAUGAUGUAAUUCUGUGUACUCUAAAGAUGCCGUUUAUAAACCAUACUUUUUUUUAUAA